UUCCUCCCUAAAGCGUCACAUGAAGCAGCCAUGCCUCGUUUACAGUAAAGAAAAGGCCACCGGUUUCCUCUCUCAAUGUGGAAUAUUGACUGUCGAUUGCACUUCCUUCUUUUUCAACUGCGUAUAUUCCACAAAACCCCUCUGGGAACUAGAUUAUUACUUGGCCAACAUGACCAGUUGGCACAUAAUCUGUGUGCUGAUACAUCCACAUGGAAGACUGAGGAAGGUGUACUUCCCGUGACCACACCUCCUGAAACGGGCUCCUUCAUAAGGCGGCAGUCCAGUCCACUGCAUUCAAAGUCACCUGUGUACGGAGAUAUGGCCCAAACAGUGAACAUUGUUUCAAGGCAGCAGUGGGAAGCCGCUGCCCCUAAAAGUAAGGAGACCUUGACGGGCUCUGCCAAGAGAGCGGUCAUACACCACACCGCCCUCCCAAGAUGCAAAGAUGAGAAAGAGUGCAAGAGCCGCAUUGCCAGCAUUCAGAGAAACCAUAUGACGGAAAGAGGCUUCGACGACAUCGGGUAUAAUUUUCUUGUCGGAGAAGACGGUUCAGUGUAUGAGGGCCGCGGCUGGGGUGUGGUAGGGGCACACGCCAAAGGCAACAAUGAUGACUCAGUGGGGAUCGCCUUCAUGGGAGAUUUCAAUGUUGGGACGCCGAGCACAGAGGCCAUGUCGUCCGUCAAACUGCUGCUGCAGUCUGGAGUUUGUGAGGGCUUUCUAAUCCCAAAGUUUACUGUGGUUGGGCACCGAGAUUUGGGCCAAACCGAAUGUCCAGGAGGUAAACUGUACGCCGCCCUGGCACAGCUGAAGGGUUGCCCCUAACGCUCACUGACGAUCAUGAUGGUUACCUCGCUUUGAUGGCACACAGACCUUCACCAGUUCAAUCAAAUCACAGAUUUGGAAUAAACGGGGUGAAGGGAUGAAAAAUAAGUUUAUAU